GCUGAUGGCUGGUCCGGAGGCCAGCCCUUAAAGCCCAUCCGCGCUCCCCAACGCUGCAUCAGGUCUUCUUCCAUCGCCACUGUCUGGGGUCUUUGACCUACACCAAGGCCCUGUUCGCAUUCUACCAUCCAGACGCCCUGCUCCCCCAAACUCUCUUUCUCACAAACCCUGGGCAAGCAUGUCAGCCAGCAGUGGUGCGACUGCUCUUUCCACGGAAGAUGACCUUCCCCCUUGUUCCUACGACGGAAGCCACCUACCAUGGAAGUUGUUUCGUCAACAAGUGCUUGCACAGCAUCGCAUCAGAGUCAUGGACUCUGCAUCAAAGGAAAAACUACCUACAAAGCUCCUGGCGGCGAUCGAAUCCGAGCUACAUGAUGUCGCCAAGUAUGAACCGCAGAAGGAGCAAUUUCGCGAACAAGUCGUCAAUGGCCGAGGAUUUGGGCCUUCACCCCUCUUCCCUCCCAACCUGCUACCACCUAUCGAUGAUGAACCCCGACUUGCUCGCUGCAUGGUCCCUUGUUUCAGCAGGGAGGCACUCCCCGAGCGUGCUAUCAAUCAGCUGGGCCCGCUGUACGAGCUCAGCAUCCCGCGCAGUGGUCUCGGGUGUGGAUUUGCCCGCUCGGCCUUCACAAAAAUGGAGCUAGCCGUCCUACCUUCGUGGUUGGUGACGACAGGGACUAUUGUUCAUUUUGAAACAGGGUACAUCUCGCCCGGCGCCGCUCUGUAUUGCCCCUUCAUGGUCUUUGAGCGCGCAUGGGGCAACAAGGAGCAUCGUCUCGAGGCUGCUAAUAAUCAAUGUGCUAUCGGCGGUGCAUGGUGUGUCAGGGCUCUUCAGAUGUUGUAUGCCAAAGCUUGGAAAGGACAGAUGAUGCCAGAAUUACCCAUCGCUUUCUCCUGUUCGAUCGACAACACAGUUGCAAUUCUGAACAUGCACUGGAUUGACCAUGGUCAAGUUUAUUGCAUGUCGCCACUAUGCAAGUUUGAUCUCAGCAGGGAUGAUCACUUCAGCAGCUUCCUCGUCUGGAUUGAUUCCAUCGGUAAAUGGGGUGUUACUCAUUUGCUUCCUGUGGUCAAAUCCGCUCUGGAGCGUUUGCGUGUCAAGGAAGACACGCCACCUCCAACUCCGCGCGCAACCCGGCUGACUCUCGACACCGCAUGUCCAAAUGAUUUGCUGAUCAAAUCUCUGAAGACCACUUUCGAAAACAUUCCUUGGCGGUUCGAAGACGACGAGUUCACGCCCGUCAGCAGUAGCACUGCGAGCUGGGGCAGUCCAAUGGUCACUGAUCUAACAUUUGCGAACCUGAACUAUCCAACCAUGCCACCCAGACCACACGGCAGCACGCCAACUUCUGCUGUCCAGAGGAAACAAUUACUGUUGAAUUGGGGGCAGUACUCAACCCCUCCACCAGCAUACGCACAGUGCAGUGAACUGGUGUGGCAGAAACGACUCAACCACGCCAUGGAUGAGAUCCACGACCUGCAGCGGCAAAUACAAGUGCUCAGGAACGACUUCAGUGCAUCCACUGUGUCCUGUCGGAGCGAGCUAUCUGACGUAAAGUCAACGGUGAGCUCUGUCCUUCGCAAGGAAACCCUGAUGUCACGGAAUAGAUCGCUCUCUCUGGGCGUGCAAGACACUUGGUCGAUGCAAAACCUUGCACGGAGCCCGCUCGUCAACGAAGUUCUCCCAGAAGUUGUCGCGGAUGAGACUUCGAUACCUCCCCGGAAUAGGUCGUUUCACCCACUGCCGUCAGCUAAGCUCCUUUCUCCAGCACUCCAAUCCCACGGUCCUCCAUCGCCUGGCCUGCCAUCCCCCGGCAUGCCUUCGCCCACCUUUUCUAUCUUCAGCGAGACCACCAACAUCGUCACAGUCCCACCUGCGCCGCCCAGGUCGGCCUCUUUGUUCAAGUUCGCAACCCUCAUGGUCUCAGGACACAUGGCCAGCAUGUUCAUCCCCAACGUUCUCUUGCGCGUCUUUGUUUUGGGCUGCAUUACCGACGUGUGCAUCCUGGCCUUUGCCAGCCCUCACCUGCCCAGCUCUGCGGAAUACCUCUUGUCAUGCUUGAGAUCGCGCUAAUGGUCUGAUGUGCUUUUGUGUACAGUGAGCCAUUCAAAAUAUCCCCCUUUCUUCCUUUCCUUUGUACUUUCAGCGGCGGUGUUCUGGUGAUAUCUCCUGGCAGGAUUAGGUCUAUCAUUCCUUCUCUUCUUAUCUUGUGGGACUUCUCAGAGACCGAAAGCGCAUACUGGAGUAACUGAGUCACAAGUGGUGUAGGGCAUGUCAAUCAAUGUAACAACAUUCAAAGUCCCAUGGAUUGGGUUUCCUCCCCUAGGUCCAAGUGGGCAAAGAGACAUCUCUCAAUUGGGAGAGUACAGGAUCUUACACAAUGUAAAUUAGCGACCUUGGCUGUUUCGAAUCAGCCACCAAGAGUUUCUUUGAGCAAUGCGAGAAAAUUCCCAGA